AGUUGCUUUCACUUGUGAUUCCUGUACUAGUUAGUUAGAUCCAGAGACCAUGUUGGUCGUCAUUAAACUUAAUAAAGCCUCUCCGGAUUGGGGAGUCGAAGGCGCUGGUGCUAUUGGGGCCUUUUGUCCCUCGGCUUCUCCUUCGAUGCCGUUGCCGUGGUGGCUUUGGCACCGCCGUGAAGCUGGUGGGGGUGCGCAGACUGCUCCUUCGGUUUCUGGAUCUUGAUUUGGCUUCAAAGGCGAUGGGAUUCUCCGCUGGGCGUUGCUCCUGGGGGAUCGUAGCUCCAAGACUUCCCAGCUGUCCGCUUCUGCAAGGUGUGGCUGGCUCCGGCGAGGGAGGGCCGAGCCGCCGCUCCUCCCGGCGGCAGUUGGUGUUGCGUGGUGGUCCGAUCCGAUGACCUGGGUGUAAUUUUUAUAAUACCUAAGUAAUUCUAUUUCAUAAAGGGUUGAAGAUAACAGAUAUACUGACAUAGUAUAUCAUGGAGAACUUACAUCUGGAACCAAAGGAUCUGAAGUAUUCAUUAUUAGAAGAAGUUACGAAUGGAUUCUCCGAGGAGCACAAGGUUGGCACUGGUGGGUUCGGAGAAGUAUACAAGGGGGUGUUGGAUAACAGGCAAGAGAUCGCUGUGAAGAAGCUCCAUUACAUGCCAGGACUUAAUGAUGAGCAAUUCAAGCAUGAAUUUAAUAACCUCAUGAGGGUCCAACAUCAGAAUAUCAUCCGAUUAGUUGGCUACUGCUAUGAGAUACGCCAUAUACAUCAUGAACUCAAAGGAGAAUAUGUUUUUGCUAGAGUAGAAGAAAGAGCUCUCUGCUUCGAAUACUUGCGGGGUGGUAGCCUUGAUAGGCAUCUUUCUGAUGAAUUUUCUGGACUUGAUUGGCACACACGUUACAAAAUAAUUAAGGGAAUCUGUGAAGGAUUAAAUUACCUUCACAAGGGAUCGAAUGACCCUAUGUACCAUCUUGACUUGAAGCCUGCGAACAUAUUGUUAGAUGAGGAAAUGAUGCCAAAAAUAGGAGAUUUUGGUUUGUCAAGACUCUUUGCUUCAACAAAAACCUUUACCACAAAAAUACUUGCUGGAACACUGGCCUACAUGCCACCAGAGUACAUACAAAAGCGCCAAAUCUCCGAAAAGUAUGACAUAUUCAGCUUAGGUGUGAUAAUCAUAGAGAUAAUUGCGGGACCUCUGGGCCGUUUCAAAUAUGCAGAUAUGUCGUCUUCUGAAGAAUUUAUUCAGCAUGUAAACAAGAAUUGGAGGAAAAGGAUUGCUGAAGUAGAUUGUCGACAAGUCAAGAGAUGCAUCAAAAUAGCAGUAAAUUGUGUGGAUGCUGAUAAAGGCAAUAGGCCUACUAUAGAGGAUGUUAUCCAUGAACUGAAAGAAGGAGAAGAGCAGGACAAGUCCCAGGAGCCAGUAGUUACUAGGCUUGGGCCUUGGGGUGGAAAUGGAGGAAUGGCUUAUGACAUCACAGUAACACCCCACCGUCUGAAAAGUGUGACAAUUUACAGUGGCAUUAUAGUUGAUCAACUUAAGUUCUCAUAUACUGAUCAUAGUGGACAUCAGCGCAAUGUUGGUCAGUGGGGUGGUUCAAUGAGCGGUGAUGGGUAUACGAUUAAGCUUCAGCCAUCGGAGUUUCUGACGGAAAUGGCUGGAACAAUCGGCACAUUUUUCAGAACUCACUCCAACAAUGUUAUAACAUCGCUGGCACUGGUCACCAAUCAGGAUAGAUAUGGACCUUUCGGGCGCGGAGGAGGAAGUCGAUUCCGCGUCCCAAUGGAAAGAAAUUCCAACAUUGUUGGCUUCUUUGCGCGCGCAGGGAGCCAUCUCGAUGCAAUUGGCGUGUAUGUGAGUCGCAUCAGUCACACCACCGAUCAUGAUGGAGAGGAGGUGGUCUCUUGUCCAGGAGAAGAGCAGGAGGAGUCUCAGGAGCCCGUGGCUACUAAGCUUGGGCCUUGGGGAGGAAAUGGAGGAACGGCUUACGACAUCACAGUCGCACCCCACCGUCUGGAAAGCGUGACAGUUUACAGUGGCGUUAUAGUUGAUGUACUUGAGUUUUCAUAUACUGAUCAUAGUGGGCAUGAGCACAAUGUUGGUCCGUGGGGUGGCCCAUGGGAGGGCAAUGCUGGGCAUAAGAUUAAGCUUCGGCCGUCGGAAUUUGUGACAGAAAUUUCUGGAACAGUCGGCAGAUUCGGCAGAUCGUAUUCCAACGUUAUAACAUCGCUGACGAUGGUCACCAAUGAGGGUACAUAUGGACCUUUCGGGGAAGGGCGAGGAAGUCCGUUCCGCAACCGAGUGGAACGCAAUUCCAAAAUGGUUGGCUUCUUCGCGCGCGCGGGGAGAUAUCUUCAUGCAAUUGGCGUAUAUGUGAAACCCGUCCAUCACACCCCUGAUCAUGGUGGAGAGGAAGCGAUCUCUUGACUGGAAGAAGUAUAAAGAGGGUCUCUGAGCUGCUAGAUACCUUCAUAUCUAGACAAAUUUAAGACAAGUAAUUCGGAACGGAGAGAGUAGCUGAAGAACACGUAGAAAUGUAACUGACAAUGUUUACGGUGUUUGUAUUCCGACUAUGAGUCAAUGAAGAGCAUCACGUAUCAAAAAGAAUA